AUGUCGAAACGUUCGGGGUACUUUCAGCUGAAGCAACCGUUGGCCUCGAAGAAACCGAAACUCGACAUCGAAAUCAUUCCCAGCCAGCAGUACCAUCCGCAGCCCAGCACUUCCAAGCCAAACAAUGCAGCGAACGGUGCGUUAAAAAGCUCGGUUGAAAAUCUCUGGGAUGAUGACGAUGAUGACAUUAUCGUACUCGCAUCCCAGGCCGUUGAAGCAUCCGAGGACAUUACGUUCAGACAGUUUAGCCGGAGUGUACAAUCCAGCACGCAGCAAACGACGGAAUUGGUCACGACCGCGCACGUUGGCCCUAAAGGACCGGGGAAGGUACCGGACAAGCUGGUGGCGGAAUUGUUUGCGGACGGAGAGGAUGAUUUAUUUUCGGAAAAGUUGGAUGACAAUUACCGGAACUUUGACAACGCGAUCAAUGACUACUUCAACAACAACGAUGAUGAUUUCAAUCUGGAUGAGUUCCGGCAACAAGAGCAGGCUCCACUGGUUGGUGGUAGACAGGAACCUGCGCCUAAGCUGGCCAAGAUUGAGGAAGAAUUUAAAACACCCGCACCGGUAAUGAAACCGAUCCCGAACAAAACGCCAUCGUUUUCCUUCAAGGAAGAAACACGUUCCACCUCGCGGAUAGGGAUGAUAUUUAAGCCCAAAACCUCCACUGUACAAAAGUUCCCGUCGAAACAUUCGGCUGUGCCGCAGCAAAGCACAGUGCCAUCCGAAGUGCCAAAAAUCGAGCAAGAGAUGAAAGAAUCAAACACACAAAAGCAGGAACAUGCAAAAGACAUACAGGUGAAGUAUCUCACCAAGCACGUGGAGCAGCUGGCGAAGAAGCUGGAAAGUGUGCAGAAGGAUUGUAACGACGCGGUCGAAAAGCUACAGGUGAAGGAUGGGGAGGUGUCAAUGUUGCGAUACGAGCUGAAGAUGGUGAAAACCACCAACGAGCAGCUGCGGCUUGAGAAGAUGCGCGAAAAGGAAACGAUCCAGAAGGAUUGGAUCGAAAAGAUGAAGAAUCUCGAGAAAACUAUCUCUGCGCAGAAGGUGGAGAAUGAGUUUAAGGAGAUAGAAAUAAUGAAUCUGAAGACGAAGCGUUUAAACGCUACGAUGCGAAGCAGUGAGGUGCGUGACGGUGUGGAGGCUCCGAAAACCUCGGCACAGUCAGAAUCAACCACCGUUACAGAGGCCAGCAAUCCUGUCCAUUAUGAAUCUAUCCUAUCCAGUAUGAUACCGAAGCUGUCGCUCACGGAACCGGUCGAUCAGCACGAAGAGCUACACUUCGAUCCGCACUUGUUCGUAAAUCCAACGGCUAUUUCAGCACAGGGACGCAAACUUCGCAAGUAUUCCAGAAUCACACGGAACGAGUUUACGAUCGCCGAUCAGUUCGUGUUGCUGCAGACGUAUCUUUCUCAGCUGCUAAGCGAUGUUGCAACUAAUGGUGGGAGAUCAUCGCGUUCGAUUCAGCUAUCAAGCGAUAAGUUUCCCUUGGUAGCGAUCGCUACGGAGAAUGGAUUGGGUGAGAUCUUCCAGUACUGUCAGCGGUUGGGCAAACAGAAGGAAGCCGAAAUGCGGGCUAGUGGGACGAACCGAUCUAGUGAGCGUAGCGUGCAGGGGCACCCAAGGAGCAAAAUGGAACUCACCACACCGGUGAACAUAUUCCAGCAGGAGAAAUUAUUCGUUGGCGAACAGGCGAUCGUUAUACGGCGUUUCCUUGCGCUGGUGGCUUUGUAUUGUAGAAUUUCGAACGAGCUGGUAGUGGAGAAAUUGCUCAAGGACGGUCUAGUAUCGCGACUAGCAAAUAGUAUUAAACAAAUCAGUGAUGCAAGCUUCUCGGUCGCACUGCACGGCAUGAUUACGGGUGCGGCCGCUCUACUGAACGGCAUGAGCUUCCGUUCUGCACGGAUGAAGCAGUACGGUGAACACGGCGUCCAUCUGAUACAGUUGUUCCGUGCAAUCGUACUCUGUCAAACCGACGCUCCAUCAUCGCUGGCGGAACUGUCCGACUUUCUGCGUCAUUUGUCCCAGAUCACAGACGGCAGUGUGAACCAGCUGCUGGAUCGUCUCUGCUUCAACCCGUCGACCCAACAACCCGACAAGCAUAAAUCGGCUCGGAAGCAGUAUCGGUUGAAAUCGAUUAGCUUUUCACAGGAAACAUGCACGCUACAGAUGUAUGCGGCCCUGCUGGAGAGUUCCGUGCGACAUUACGUACCGUACGAAGGAUGGCAGUUGAAACCAUUGCUGAAGAACGCGGAAAAUACGAUACACUUCCUGCGCAACGUGCUGCUGCAACCGGUCGCAUGGGUUCGAUCGUUUUGCGACCGAAACGAUACGGCUGGGUGCGAACUUUGUCAUAUCCGGACAGUGACCGCGUUCGUUACGCUGCUACAUCGUGUGCUGUUGUGCUGGAACCAACGGACCGUGCAUGAGGAAGAAGAUGUAAACAGAAUUCAACGAAUUGCACAGCACGCAGUCCUUUUGCUGUACGAUCUGUUCCAGACGGCAUACCACAAAAAGUUGCUACGACUCGGUGGCCACACGGUUCGCUACCGGCUCAGGAUAGUGUACAAUUGGCUCAAGAUGUACGAGAAAGAUUUCAAUUUCCGCCCCGUUCACAGCACCACGAUUGGUAUGCUAGAUAUGCGGCUCCUGAUGAGUGAUCCGUUACGAUGCUCGCUCGAGACGGAAAGUGAGGAAUCGGAGCAGGAAAAGAAAACGGCGACGAGUGAAGAUGCCCGUAAAGCUGAGAGCAAAACAGUGGUGGAUGAAUUGUAUAAUGAUUUUUUCACUACCUACCAUAGUAAAAAUGCUACCCUUUUAGAAUAG